AUGUUCAAAAGAUUGAAGUAUGGGAAUAAGACGUGUUACAUGGGUCAUCAUAGGUGGCUUCCUAGGGGUCAUAUAUGGUGCCGAAUAAGAGAAUUGUUUGAUGGAACUGGGGAGCAUAGAUUAGCACCUAAAGAAUUGUCAAAUGAUGAGCUGUUGCGGCAACUCGAUCACGUAACAGGUGUGAAGUUUGGAAAAGGAAGUGGGACAAAGAGAAAGCGCACAAAUGAUGAGUUGAAUUGGACGAAGAAGAGUAUUUUCUUUGAGUUACCUUACUGGUCAACAUUAAAACUAAGGCACAAUUUAGAUGUAAUGCAUAUCGAGAAGAACAUAUGCGACAGUGUAUUAGGGAAAUUGUGCAAAGGCGAAAAUGCCACUUGCAAAUUGUGUGCACGGACAUUGAAAGUAGAUGUAUUGAAGCAAAUGAAGGACAACAUUGUCAUAAUCUUGUGCAAGUUGGAACAAAUAUUUCCACCUGCGUUUUUUGACAUUAUGGUCCAUGUAGCAAUUCAUUUACCUCGAGAGGCUGAGCUUGCGAGACCAGUGCAAUACCGUUGGAUGUAUCCAAUUGAAAGGACAUUUGGUAGAUAUAAGAGGUAUGUGCGGAAUAAAGCGCGACCGGAGGGUUCAAUUGCCGAGUGCUACAUCUCUGAUGAGUGUUUGACGUUUUGCUCAAUGUAUCUUCGUGAUAUUGAGACAAGAUGGAAUCGUGCCGAGAGAAGUGCUGACGUCGGCCAAGAAGAAAAGGAAGAAGAGUUGGAUGUGUUCAGUCAACGAGUCCGACCAUUGGGUGCAGCGAAAUUGGUAACACUUGAUGAGAAUCUUUUUGCAAGGGCUAAAUGGUAUGUGCUUAGCAAUUGUAAGGACACCAAUUCAUACUUGAAUGAACAAUAUCAAUUGAUUGAACGAGAUGACUACCAUGACAUUCAGAAGAAGCAUGAGGCUAAUUUCAAGCGUUGGUUUAGAGAUAAUAUAUCCGUGGUGCGCACAAUGCAGGAAAUGUUCCACACAAAAGAAUAUGCACAAAAUCGUACUACCCAGAAUAGUGGAGUUGUUGUUCGAGGUGAGCACAAAAAUUCAAUCAUUGAGUUCUAUGGUAAGUUGAGGAAUAUUUUUGAGUUACGUUAUCCUGGCACAAAUCGGGUGUUCCUGUUUGAGUGUGAUUGGUGGGACACUGGGAGUAUGAAGGGAAUGAAAAUGGAAAAUGGCUUUACGAUUGUGAAUACUUCCCGUGAUAGUUGGAAAGUGGUGCAGAAGUUGACCAAUAGAAACAUAUACGAUAUUCCAGCAAUAGUGGAGAGAGAUGAUGACCAAGGUAUGAACGCUGAUGUAUACCAGGAGCGUGUAUGUGAUGGGGGCAAUAUUGCCAUUGUUGAAGACUCCACUAUAUUAUGUAGAGAUGAUCCAACAAUACCUAUUGAUGAAUUAUAUGUGCAACUUGAUCCAAACUUGUUUGUUGGCAAUAACCCGCUGAUUGAAGAAUACGACACAAACUUCGACGAGGAGGAGGAGUUAUCUAGCAACAAUGAUACAGACUCUGAACAUGUAGACGACUAUGAUCACGAAGAUUCAUCUUCAAGCGACAGUGAUGCAGAAUAUGAUGAUGACAUGUGUUAA